UCCGCCGACCACACCGAGCAGAGAUGUUUUCGCAGCGCAAGGCUUUGGUGCUGAUUGUCGUCGUGAUGCUGGUGAUGAGCGUGGCGCAGGCCAGAUACCUGCCCACUAGGAGGAGCUCCGCCUCCCUGGAAGACCGUCUCGAUCGGCUACGCGACCUCAUCAACGAUCUGGUGGAGAGCGAGCGGCCGAGUGCUCGCAUGGCGCCCCCGCGCCGCCUGGACUGGAUACUGGCCGGCGAGCCGGAGCUGGACUACGCGCAGUGACGCCAGCCGCCGCCGCCGCCGCCGCCCCAGUAUUGGCUCACCACUUCCGCCGCGCUCUCUCUUCUUCCUUAACCUUCUCAUUAUGUUUUGUAAUGAUAUACCCAUUGUAUUCCCCCUACUCCCUUUACAAUCGUGACAGCGAUUGACUGCAGAAUUGCUUCCUGUAAAAUACUUAGCAGUGCUGUAUGGUUUAUUUAUUAAAGCUAAAAUGCUAAAAUAUAUUUUUAAUCUUCGCAGCACUUA